AUGGAGUUAUACGUCAAGAUUCUAGCAAUAGGCGGAGCAUUAUGGUUCUCACGGAUUCUAUUAAGCAUCUGGCGGUUCAUCUAUAUAUACGCGCGCCCCUCCUCCCUCCCACGGUACCACCACCACAGCAAGGAAACCGGCUCUCCGCCCUGGGCAAUCGUCACCGGCGCCAGCGACGGCAUUGGGAAAGGAUGCAUCGACAUCUGGGGCAGAAAGCACGCUGCAGAUGAGCCGCGCGCUGGAGGUGCUGAAGGACUUGCAUAUCACGGUGCUGGUCAACAAUGUGGGCACGGGAACAAGACCUACAGGCCAUGUGUUCUCCAGCUACUCGAAAGAUAUGCCGGCGGAUAUCGACUGGCUGAUCAACACGAAUGCGCGGUUUCCCGCGCAGCUUACUCGUGCGCUGUUGCCGCUGUUGCUGGCGCACGGGGGACCCGCGCUGGUGUUUACAACGUGCUCGAUUACGGAGAUAGGGAGUCCGUAUUUGGCGAUCUACAGCGCGACGAAGGCGUUCAUGGCGACGUUUUCGAGGUCGUUGACGAGGGAGAUGCGCGCUGA